AUGGAGACCGCCGACCGCAGUCGAGGACACACAGAGGGGCCCAGGCGCAUAGAAGUGGUCAAGUUGGAGGCCUACCACGUCCUCUCCGCGCUUAAGGACCACCUCAGAAACAGUCAGAACACCACAAGCCUUGUGCCGGUACUGGGCACCGACACCGGCUCAGGCAAGGCGCUGCAGGAGCCCUCCCUGACCAGGUACUUCAAGCUCCUCAUAGUCAAGGGGGUGCCCAGCGAGGACAUAUUCCUCGACAUUGCGCACAUAAGGCCAUUCCUGGAGGUCAUGAAAACAUGCGACUCGAAGCAGAGCAAGCUCAUCAUACUAUGCGCGGAGGCUAUCUCGAAGUUCACGCAGUGUGAAAUCGCCAACUUCAGCCACAAGAAUGCCCCGGUAGUGCUCAACACCACCUUUGAGGAGCUGCUGCGGCUCUUCUCCACUAACGUGGAGCCCAAGGAGGACCUGUUGACAUUGAAGAUCCUGAAGACGCUCUGCGACAUACUGCGUUCAAAGGGAGGCAACCUGAUCACGAACGAAAACAUAUGUGUCAUGUUCAAAAUGAUCGCAACGCUGCUCACUGCGAGGCAUAGGAACAGUGCGAUGCGGAAGCUCAUACACGACGAGGUCGUCAACCUGCUCCAGGCCUCGCUCGGGCACUACGACAAGAACGCCAUCAAGCCGGCCAAACCGAAGGGGCUCUCGCGCAGAAUCAGCAGCACUUUUAUAUUCAUCAGCCUGCUGCUGGCUCAAAAGGCGUCGCAGCAAUCUUUUAGCCUAAACGCGGAGGACUCGUUUCUCUCCCAGGAGGAUAAGGACACAGCUGCCAGGUUCAGAAACGACUUCGCCAUACUAUCGCAAAACGUGAUCUCGUUCCCCGCGCUGUGGAACGAAUUCUGCACAGACGUCUGUGUGGUGGGACUGGACACACUCAACCAAACGAUGGAGCUCGGGUCGCUUUACCACAGGCAGUACAACGCGGUGCUGCCGAUAGUCCAAGUCUUUAUAGCCAACUCCAUAUAUCGCAUGUGCUUCACGGAAACGCUGUCCCUGUACUCGCUGGUGCUGAGGUCGCUCAAGAACCUGCUCUUCUUCUUCAGGACGCAGAUGAAGGCGCAGUUCGAGGCGCUGCUCACGCACAUUAUCGCAUCUGUAGUGAACCACGUGCACGAGACCAAGACAUAUUCCUUCAAGCCAGACAUCAUCGAAAUGAACAUGGAGUUCAUCGUAGACUUGUGUCACAACGAGCAGCUCAUCAUGGAGCUGUACGCGAACUACGACUGCGACGUCAGGUGCGCGAACAUAUCGGACGUGCUCAUCAAGGGGGUCAUAACCUGCCUGGUGCCUACUCAUGACUUCGACGCCAUCGCUGGCGCAGUUGACCCUGUGAAGGCUAGGUUGGCGCACUCAAUUGCACCCGUUAAAAGGAAGACCUCGUCGGGGUACACCAAAACAGCGGGCGAAGGCAACUGGGUAGUCAAUGUGGAGUUCAUGGCACUCAAUGCGUUGCAAGGCAUACUCAAAUCGUUGGCGGCCGACACCAUGGAAACCAAAAGCUCGCCGAUUGCAGAGAAGGAUUCACACUUUGUCAAACUCAAGCGGUGGAAGGACAUGCUAAGAGAGGCUGCGGAGACGUUCAAUGCCACACCUCUGGGAGAUGGCUGGAUACCGCUGGUAAAGAAAAUAGGGCUGCUUCCGGAGAAUCACACGCCGAAAGACGUGGCCACGUUCCUCAAGUGCAUUCCUGACAUCGACCUUAAAAAGGUGGGAGAGUACCUCGGCACACACAAGAAUCCGCAAUUCAUGGACCAAGUCAGGAUAGAGUUUGCCAAGCUACACAGUUUCAGGGCGCUCCCGAUUGUCAUGGCGAUCAGGAUGUUCCUCUCAUCCUUCAGGCUGCCGGGUGAGUCGCAGCAGAUCGAGAGGAUCAUUGAGGUGUUUGCCUCCACAUACUUCGAAGCGCAACCACUGGCCGAUGACAGUGAUGAAAAGGGUGAUAACAACGGAAAGACGCAGUCGAACGAGGAACUGCCAGACAGCAAAAGGCCAAGGUGGGUUAUACAGGAGAAUGCCUUCUGGCAACUCAACUUUACCUCGUACGGGGUUGCAAACGUGGGGACGAUAAACGAUCAUAUCGCAGCCGAAGAAGAGGCGCCAUACGAGCACUUCAAAAGACAAUUCAUGCAAAACGAUAUCGAAAACAUACUUACCAACGAGCGAAUGAAUCUUGUCACUGAGGCGAUCAAAGACGAUAGCAUCGUAGCCAGCAUGCAGCUGACACAAAAUGAAACCACACAAGAAGACGAUAGCAAGACCGCAAAGAACAGGGAUGCGGGCGUUGUAGAGGGGCUUGUGAAGCCUGGAUUCGCAUAUGUAGCGAACGCCGACGUCAUUUUCGUCCUAUCGUACUCAAUUAUCAUGCUCAACACUGAUCUGCACAACUCGCAGAUCAAGAAAAAAAUGAAACUGGAGGACUUUAUCAGAAACAAUAAGGGUAUAAAUAACGGUAAGAACCUGCCGUUCGAAUUCCUCGAGGACAUAUACACGACCAUCAAACAUCACGAAAUUAAGCUUCACAAGGCAUCCGAACAGGUUGAGGCGGUCAAGUACGACAACUUCUUCUGGGUGGACCACGUGCUACAGAGGCAAAGGCUUAUGUGCAGCUUCAACACGGAUCUUUGGGCCUAUGGGUGGGGAAUAAAGCGCAGCAUAUUCCAACUCCUAUGCAAAAACCGAUUCCACCACGCACUCAACACGGCCCUCGUUGGUUCACAAUCGAUUUCUGGACUCAAAAGGUGUAUACGCAUGAUAUGGCUCUUCAUGAGAGUUGCGUUGAAGUUCGAGGAAAAGGGGGUCAUCAACCAAACUUUCCAACUCUCGAGCAUCAGCAUCGAUGACACCAUCGGUUACAGGUGCCAGCUUUCACUGGCGUUGCUGCUGAAUGUGAUUGCCACUGCGUCCAACUUGUUCGACGAGGCAUCCUGGGUAAAAGUUAUGGAUACCAUAAUCAAGCUUUAUUACCUCAACCUGUUGCCCCUCUCCUUUGCGGCCUUGGAUAUCGAUGCGCACGUGUUCGGUAACUGCAGUGCGCUGACGGAUGCCCUGGUGCCCCCUACCAUCCGCUUCAAGCGCAACCUGGACGCGCGAAGAGGUGCCGGGUGGUUAGGAGGAUGGACUAACUUCAUGUUCGGCAAACCGGUGGCCACAAAUAGCGCCGAACAGAGCGAUAUGGGUGAUUGUGAUUUCGAUGAGCUUGCAAAGCUCAGCUUACAACGUUCAGAUUCGCAACAGGCAUCCAACGAACAGUUCCUCUUCCUCUGUGACGUCCAGUCGACCUGCGACGUGCCCGUGGAAAAUCCCUACUUCAAUGUAGACCUUAUCAAACGCGGGGUCAAUCCGAUACAGUCGAAGGAGGACGAAGACGCCAUCAAGGAAGUGACGCAGGCGUUCGGCAAUGACUCCGACAGGGAGGAGCUGCUGCCACAGGUGCUGGCUUACAUGAACCUUAGGUUGGCAUUCCUGAACAUAUACAAUGUCAACAGCCUAUUCCUUGGAGCGACGACGAACGUGGGUAGCGAAAACUUCUUGACCGUUAUGAAGGUCAUCGCAUGCCGCAUUGUCGAGGUUGCAACAAAGGACAAGGAGACGCCAACCGUCGCAAAGCCGAACGGCGCACCGAGCCAACCGUCGCAGGGAUCGGCAAGCUCAAAAACGGAAGCAAACUUAUCGCAAGAAGGGUCAUUGCUGGAACCGUGCCCCAAAGAGAUAAAGAACUUCAACAGCAAAGCGGAGCCCGCGUUCUUUUUGGGCAUAUUCACGAAGGUCUGUAUCACCGUAUUCGACAGCACCAAGCAGGUUAUUAAGCGCAACGGGGGAGCGCUAAGCAAGGAAGAUGAUGCCAAAUUAAAGAUCAACGUGAUGUUCACUGUAAAGGUCUUCCAUCUUAUGGCCAGCACUCUCAUAUUCCGCGACGCACUGGAGCACAUACCAAAACCGGAUGAUGUUCUCGAGGUUUUCGGACUCUUGGAGGGCGAGGAAAUAUAUGAACAAAUAGCUGACGACGAGAAUUUAGCAAUGUUGCUGAAUACCACCGAAAAGCUGGUGAAGGCUGUCAAGAGUGACACUGUCCUGUCAUCCUAUUUGUGUAUCAUGAUGCUCAAGCUGAUACUCUGGUUCACGCAAAACUCCCAGUACGAUGUGGUUGUGUUCCGCGGUAAACGUAACUCCAGCGACGAAAACGAUUCCACAAAUGGGUCGGUCGGAAGUGACGCUAAGGGUAACGCAACUUCGGCUAAGGAGUCAACGGAUGACAUGAGUAUUAGGUGGUCAGACAUGUGCUUAUGGCUGGGUGCAUGGUUGCUGCAGAUGCUCAUACACUUCGAAAACAGAGUCUUCUACAACCACAUUGAACCCACCGUAAAGGUCAUAUCGAGUAUAGCUACAAGCAAGGUUAUCGCACGAAACAACUACUUCAUGAAGGUCAUGAUGGCCGCUUUCCAGAGAGUCACCAACCACAGCCUGCCGUUUGCAAAGGACGUUACAACCGCGAUGCCCGGGGCGGCUCGGAUCAGGCGGAUACAAAACUCGGUGGCAUCUGUCCUGCCCAUUGUCAUGCGAAACAACAAAUGUCUAGUCAAAUAUGAGCCACAUGUCAUGGCGAAAUAUGUGGUACAGAUGUUGCUCUCACUGGCCAUUUUCAGCGGAGAUGGUGACGACGUUAACGACGAUGACCACAACCGGGGGAUAGUGGCAAUACAAAUGCUCAUCGAAAUGAAAUCUUUCGCCACAAAUGAGGACGUCGUUGAGGCCCUGUGGUUGUACGCAAUCCAUGCGCUCGCCAUCAUGUGUUCAAUGGGGCCGCAGCGCAUAUACUUGGAGGCCAACAAGGCGCUCAACAAAAUAUUGCUCAAGGAGGCGGCACCAAAAGGACGAUGCAAGACUAUUACACGAGUUGUGAGGAUAUUCGACUACCUCCUGGCGCCGAUCCUCACGAACAAUUUCCAGUACCCAUUCAUGUACCACAUGGUUGCACUACCGCUGAACAAGAUGCCGCCCAAAAUCGCAAACGCGCGCCGUGGCAAUUGGGAGAUUGUCGGGCCGUUCAGCAAAAAUAUAUACAGUGUACGUAAAUGCCCUGUGUGGAUGGAAAAUGUCGUGACGGAGCAUCUGGCGUCCUACAGUCUCCCAGACGUCGACGACAUCAACACCCGCAGAGCGGAGAUGACCAGCCUCAUCUGUCAAUACAUGCUGGCAAACAUGUCCACACUGAGCACCAUGGAGCUGGGAGCUGUGGAAAUUAAGAAGGUGAAGGAAACAGCAAGCAGCUUGGAGUACCUGCUCUACACGUCGGAUCAGAAGAUCUGCUCGCAGUCGUGUGUCAAGAGGCUGAUAACGAUCACCAACUACAUUCUCAAUGUGAUCAUACCGAGCAACGGGGAGUACUACACGGAGACAACCAGCGACACGUACUUGGAGUCACUCAAGAACUUCCUCCUGGUGCUCCUCACCUCACCGGAGCUCAAAAGCGCCGACCAGGGCUGUAUUCAGCACUUCAAGAACGACGGGGAGCUCAAGCAGUGUCUGGAACUUGUAAAGGACUCAGUGGACAUGACGUCAGCCAGCCCAGGGGAAUACGCCCUCGCUUCGCUCUUGGCCCACACAUUCUCCACAACGGAUUUCCUCAAGGAGCUGUUCCUGGAUAUACUGAGGGUGGUGUUUGCAGCUCCACCGCCGCAAGCCGAUAAGGUGGAAGAAACGGCUGAGCAGGCAGCCGAAAGCUAA